UUCCAGCCUGCCAGCCCGGGCAUUCUCAUCGCCGAAAGAUGCUGCGUUUGCUGCUUGCGCUGCUCCUGCGCGCGAUCCUGAGCCCCGCCGAUGGAUCGCGCCCGGCGGGGUCGGCGUCACCGGAGCAGCUCCGCCCGGCCGACGAGUUGCUAGCGGCCGGGGUGGAGGCUUACAACCGCGAGGACUGGCCCGGCGUGAUCCUACAGAUGGAGCGGGCGCUGCGGGCGAGGGCCGCGCACCGGGAACGCCUGGCCGGCUGCCGCUCGGGCUGCGCGGCCAACCACACGGCCCAGGAUCCCGCGCAGGAGCAUGCCCGCCCGUUGGGCGACCUGCGCUUCUUCCAGCAGCUCCUGCGCCGCGCAGCCUGCCUGCGCCGCUGCCUGCCGGCCGGCCCGUCUCGCUACCAGCUGGGCGAGGAGGUGGAGCUGGAGUUCCGCAAGCGCAGCCCUUACAACUACCUCCAAGUGGCCUAUUUCAAGAUGAACAAGCUGAACAAGGCAGUGGCAGCCGCCCAAACCUUCUUCUCGGCCAAUCCGGACCACGCCGAGAUGCGGCAAAACCUGGCUUAUUAUCAGAUGAUGGUUGGAGUCAAAGAUUCAGAUUUUGUCGAUUUGGAGGCUAAGCCCCACAUGCAAGAUUUCCACCUGGGUGUGAGUUACUACACGGAGGAGAAUCCUCAGGCAGCCAUUUUGCACCUGGAGAAGGCGCUGGACGAGUACUGGGCAGCUGACAUCAAGUGCCGGGCGCUCUGUGAAGAGCCGUACAACCACGAUGGUUACAACUACCUCGACUACAACGCCGAUUUCUAUGAAGCGUUUAUCGAUCAUUACACCCAAGUGCUGAGCUGCAAGCAAGGAUGCGUGACCGAGUUGGCGCAAGAAGCCGGGCAGGAGAAACCCAACGAAGAUUUCCUUCCGUCUCAUUUCAACUACCUGCAGUUCGCUUAUUACAACAGUGGCCACUACGGGAAGGCGGUCGAAUGCGCGAAAACCUACCUCCUCUUCUUCCCGAACGACAACGUGAUGAAGCAGAACGAGGCUUAUUACGCGGCCAUGUUGGGGGAGAACCUGGCCGAGCGCAUCAGGCCCCGAGAGAAAGUCCAGAUGUAUCACCGGCGGAGUCUUUUAGAGAAGGAAUUGCUCUAUUUUGCCUAUGACACCUUUGGCAUUCCUUUCAUCGACCCGGACACGUGGACUCCGGAAGACGUGAUUCCCAAGAGGCUUCAGGAAAAACAAAAGGUUGAACGUGAGACGGCGGCCCGGAUCUCAGAGGAGAUCGGUAAUCUCAUGAAGGAGAUCGAGAAUCUGGUGGAGGAGAAGACCAAAGAAUCUUCCGACAUGAAUAAAUUCGUACGGGAAGGGGGCCCGUUGUUGUACGAUGGGCUCAGGGUUACCAUGAACUCCAAAACCCUGAACGGGUCUCAGCGCGUGGUGGUAGACGGAGUCUUAUCCGAAGAAGAGUGCCGGACUUUGCAAACCCUGACAAAUGCAGCGGCUUCCGCAGGGGACGGUUAUAGGGGCCAAACCUCACCCCACACGCCGAGUGAGACUUUUUUAGGGGUGACUGUCCUGAAAGCCCUCAAGCUAGGGCAGGAAGGCCGAGUCCCCAUGCCGAGCGCGUACCUGUACUACAACGCCACGGAGAAAGUCCGUCACGUGAUGGAGUCUUAUUUCCGCCUCGACGUCCCUCUGCAUUUCUCCUAUUCUCACCUGGUGUGCCGGACGGCCAUUGCAGAUAAACAGGGGGGCCGAAUGGAUCCCAGCCACCCCGUGCACGUCGACAACUGCAUUCUCAACGCCGAGGCCAUGGUGUGUGUCAAGGAGCCCCCGGCGUACACCUUUCGGGAUUACAGCGCCAUCCUUUAUUUAAACGAAGAUUUCGAAGGUGGGGAGUUUUAUUUUACCGAGAUGGAUGCCACGACCGUCACAGCAGAGGUGAAGCCCCAGUGCGGCCGGGCGGUGGGCUUCUCGGCCGGAUCGGAAAACCCCCACGGCGUCAAAGCCGUCACGAAGGGCCAGCGAUGCGCCAUCGCCUUGUGGUUUACCCUGGACCCCCGCCAUAGCGAACGGGAAAGAAUCCAAGCCGAUGACCUGAUUCGGAUGCUUUUCAAAACUGAAGAAACCCAAUUGCUCCCCGAAAUGGGACCGAACCCCGAAGAACCCGAAAAGCCCCCCCAAGACGCUUCCGAAAAGAAAGACGAACUAUAGAGCCACAUCUGGCUCAAACAGGAUUAUGAAAUAAUUCGUAAUAAUUUGGGGGUACGGAUCAGUUUGUGGAGCAAGGCGGAAAACGGACUAGAAACAGUGACUAUAAAAUACAGGCAGGAGAUAUCGGGGUUCGCCCUUUUUCUCCCCUGUUUCUUGAAUGACUGGAAAAUUCAUCGGGUUGGAAGGGACCUCAGAGGUCCUCUAGUCCAACCCGCCCAGCUUCAUACUGCAUCGGAUAAAUCUUUUUCUUGAAAAAUUCCAGCGAUGGAGAACUCGCAACUUCGGAGGCAGGCUGUUAUGUGGCUUCAUCACCGAUAGUCCCCGACUUACGAUAGUUUGUUUAGUGACCAUUCAAAGUUACGACGGUGCUGGAAAAAAGGGACAGUUUUUCAGACUUACAACCGUUGUAACAUCCCCACGGUCACGGGAUCAAAAUCAAUGGGAAACUGACUCGUAUUUAUGACGAUCGCAGCUGUCCCGGGGUCAGGUAAACCCCCCCUUUUUUUACGACCUUCUGACGAGCAAAGUCAAGGAGGAAGCCGGAUUCACUUAACAACCAUGUGACUAAUGAUUCGCUUAACAACGAUGGCAAGAAAUGUUGUAAAAUGAGGCAAAAUCCACUUCACCGAUGUCUCAAGAUACUUUGGGCUCGAUUGUGGUCAUAAAAUCGAGGACUUACCUGCGCUAACUGAUUUAACUGCCGCAAUUCACUUAAACAAUGGCGGCAGGGAAGGUCGUAAAACGGGACAAAACUCACUUCACAAAUGUCUCACUUAACCACAGAUAUUUUGGGCUCGAUUGUGGUCAUAAAAUCGAGGACAUCCCUGUGCUAACCGAUUCACUUAAAUGGCGGCAGGGAACGGUUGUAAAACGGGACGCAACUCUCCCUUCACCAAUGUCUCGCUUAGCCACGGAAAUGCUCGGCGGGGGUCGUAAUUCGAGGACUGCUUUUACAAAUACAAUUUUUGCAAACCUGU